CAUUCGCAGUGGUGGUGCUAUCCGUCUCCCAAGUUUUCCCGCGUCUACGUUUUCUACUCUACACUUUCAACAAUUGCACAUUUACAUAAACGUGUAUUUCAGUUGUAUACAUUUAGGCAGAUUUUGGUUCAUGUUUACUGUACUAGCCAAUGUUUUACCUGUGGACGUACGUGCCAAAUUGUUUUCGUUUUUAUCUGUAAAACUGUGACAUUUUGCUUCAAAGUAUGACUUUCUUUAGUCCAAAUAUUAGUAAUAGAAGUUUGGAAACGGAAUUGGCCGAGAAUUUGUCCCGGGAUGAACGCUUGGCUCGAGUUGAAAUAGCCCUUUUAAGCAUAAUAUUUUUCAGUGGAGCAAUCUUAAAUUUUGGACUGCUAUUUGUGCUGUGGAAGAGGAGGAAGCAGCUGUCGAGGAUGCGCGUCUUUGUUUUUCACCUUUGCCUGGCAGACCUUGUUGUCACAUUUUUCCAAGUUUGUCCGCAGCUGAUGUGGGAUGUAACGGACAGAUUCUUCGGUCCUGACGUGUUGUGCCGCCUGGUGAAAUACCUGCAGGUCGUUGGCAUGUUUGCCUCCACUUACAUGAUUGUAGUGAUGACCAUUGAUCGCUAUCAAGCAAUCUGUAAUCCAAUGGUUACUUUCCAGAGGCGGAGAGCGCGCUGGAACGUGCCUGUGUGCGUUGCUUGGUCUGUAUCCCUCAUCGGGAGUCUCCCUCAAGUGUUCAUCUUCUCCCGAGUUCAAAUCGCGCCUGGUGUCUAUGACUGCUGGGCUGACUUCAUCAAACCGUGGGGGCUAAAAGCUUACGUGACCUGGACCACUCUGGUGAUAUUUGUCUUGCCCAUUUUAACUGUUAUCGUGUGCCAGGUGCGUAUUUGCCGAGCUGUUCAAAUCAACUUUCACAUGAAAACUCAACAAGUAUCGACAUUUCUCGCCAAACCGCUGCCCUCCAGGGCAAGUAGCGUUGCUGGGGUGUCCAAAGCCAGGAUCAAGACCGUGAAGAUGACUUUGGUCAUUGUUCUUGCCUACAUUAUCUGUUGGACUCCUUUCUUCACUGUCCAGCUGUGGUCCGUCUGGGAUGUCCAAGCACCCACUGAGAGUAAGAGCUGUUCAAUCUGUAUAUCUAAGAAAUCCCUCCUUUUGUCACACGUUUUAAUACCUGGAUUACAACUUUACUUGCAAUGUAUGUUUACUAUAGUUUAUGUACUUGGCAUUUUGGCGCCACCUCCUAUAUGUAUUAAGGAAUAUAAAUACAUUAGGAUGCUUUAGAUAAUAUUUAGUGUUUUACAUCUUUUGAUAUAUAUUUCAGCUGCAACUUUCACCAUCCUGAUGCUCCUGGCGAGUCUGAACAGCUGUGCAAACCCCUGCAUCUACCUGCUCUUCAGUGGGAAGCGCCCCAAGAUACGUGUGGCUUUAGUGUGUGUUAGCCAGUCGGACAUGAAUGACUCCAUACAAGAGGACGCCACUGUGGUUAGCUCGCGGUACAGUUCCAAGAGCCUUUCUAACUCCAGAUGAAACAAGUUGACAGGAGCUCAGUCUGGCUCAGGGGUGGGCAACUCCAGUCCUCGGGGGCCUGAUUGGUGUCGCACUUUUUCUCCAUCCCUAGCAAACACAGAUUAAU